AUUACAGAUCCUUGGUUAUAUUCCGAACUUACCCAAAAGUCCUAUGAAGAAUUAUUUUAUUUAAUAUCGGGUAUGGGAAAUGAAAUUAAUGAAGAGCUUAAUAAUUAUCUCUCAAUUAUUUUAGAAGAUCUUUGUGUUGAAAAAAAUCAAGAAACGAAUAUAAUUGAUGACUUGAUAUGUAAUCAAAGUUAG